AUGAAUCCGGAAUAUGAUCUUUUGACAGUUUUUGCUGUAGAUUAUUUAUUUAAACUGUUAUUAAUUGGUGAUUCGGGUGUUGGAAAAAGCUGCUUGUUGUUGCGUUUUGCAGAUGAUACAUAUACAGAGAGUUAUAUAUCGACUAUUGGAGUAGAUUUUAAAAUCCGUACGAUUGAGCUGAAUGGAAAAACAGUGAAACUGCAAAUUUGGGAUACUGCUGGACAAGAACGUUUUCGGACUAUUACAUCAUCCUAUUAUCGAGGAGCGCAUGGGAUUAUUAUUGUUUAUGAUGUGACAGAUCAGGAUACUUUUAAUAAUGUCAAACAAUGGCUUCAAGAGAUUGAUCGUUAUGCUUGUGAAUCAGUAAACAAGCUUCUGGUUGGAAAUAAGUCUGAUAUGUCCGAUAAAAAGGUCAUCGACUAUACUACUGCAAAAGAAUAUGCCGAUGGGCUCGGCAUCCCAUUUCUUGAGACUUCCGCAAAAUCUUCUGUUAAUGUCGAACAGGCUUUCCUCCUCAUGGCACAAGAUAUAAGGGAUCGUAUCGGCGCAAACGUUACUACUUCCACCGAAAAACCUUCUAUCAGAGUCGGUCACGGAAGUAAUAUGCAGCAAAAUGCUUCUUCCUCUUGUUGCUGA